AUGCGUCUCCAGUACGUGGCACUCAUGGCAGCUGCUGUUCUAGCUGCGCGUGCUCAUGGGCUUGAGGCUGUCCCCGAAUCGGUCAAUACUUUGCCCGAAUCGGUCAAAUCUUCGUCGCUGCAGACCAUCGCCGCGGGCAAGACCCAACAUUUCCUGACAAGCGACAACAAAGGUCCCAUACCUAUGGUCGCACCGCGUGCGUUAGUUUCUCGAUUUCUCCAGGACGGUGACCGGCACUUGCGCAGCAACAUCGGCAAUGUCAUGGGAAAAGACGUGAGGAAACCCAUCCAGUCCAGCGGUAGGCCUGGCCAGUAUGAUGCCCCUGUCUCGUCGCCGAAGGGAAAAAGAGAGUAA